CCCCCGCCUGUUUACUUGCUCGUGGUCGCCCACCCUCCGUCUCUUUCCCAAAUCGCGCAACCCCUAGUAUAGUUAAUUGGGCUGGGACUGGGCUGCGUGUUUGCUCUUGCUCGUCGCGCGCCGCCGCGCUAACAUGUUCCUUCGCUCUUGUUCGUGACACUCCCCUGCUGCCGCCCUGUGCUCUGUUGUUUUCUUAUUCGCUCGUAGGUGCACGUCCUGUACCCGGUGCUGGAGGCCCGGGAGCGCCAGCUGCUGCUGGCCGAGGCCAAGGUAGUGGCGGCGGCGGCGUCCAAGGACGCCAAGAAGGCGGCGGAGCAGGCGUUCCGCCGCCACCAGCAGAAGACAAUGCGCGCAUAAUUAUGGCGGAGCUGGACAAGAUCCACGCCGUCUUCAAUGACGAGAGCGUCGAGGGCAUCCUCGACCUGGUGGCGGGCAUGGGCGAUCUGAACGACGCCUGCACCAGCAUUCGAGAGACGUUGCUGGAGUACGGACAGCUGUGCACGCCACUGCAGGCGCACGUCCUGUACCCGGUGCUGGAGGCCCGGGAGCGCCAGCUGCUGCUGGCCGAGGCCAAGGUGGCGGCGGCGGCGUCCAAGGACGCCAAGAAGGCGGCGGAGCAGGCCUUCCGCCGCCACCAGCAGAAGGCACUGGCGGUGCUGGACCGGCUGCACGCUUUUCUCAAUGAGGAGAGCGUGCAGGGCGUGAUGGACGUGGUGGACGGCACCACCGAGCUGGACACGGCAAUCACCACGAUUGCCGCGAGCCUGAUGGCGUACCAGCAGCUGCUGUGCACGCCACUGCAGGUGAGCGGCGUACGGCGGGCCUGAUGGCCGCUGGCGGGACAAAGUGCCCGCCGUACGCCACUCGCGGUGCUCACCUGCAGCGGCGUGCACAGCUGCUUGUACGCCAUCAGGCUCGCGGCAAUGCGGGUGAUGGCAGUCGAGCUCGGCCGUGAGCCGCACCACGUCCAUGACGCCUUCCACGCUCCCCUCAUUGAGAAAA